AUGAGCGGUAAAUUUGUCAGGGCUUCGAAAUAUCGUCAUGUUUUUGGACAACCUUCAAAGAAGGAGUUGUACUAUGAAAACUUGAAAGUUACCAAGAAUGCAUGGGACUCCAACAUUAUUCAUUCAAACGGAAAGUUUAUAUCGGUAAAUUGGGAUUCAUCCGGCGGUGGUGCCUUUGCAAUUAUUCCUGUUAAUGAGGUAGGUAAAGCACCAGAUACCGUUUCUUUGUUUCGAGGACACAAGGGACCGGUACUAGACACAGCAUUCAACCCGUUUAAUCAACAGGAAGUUGCAAGUUGCUCUGAUGACGGAAACAUUCUGAUUUGGAAAAUCCCCGAGGACUAUUCAUUUCACAAGUAUAUUGAUGAGAAUGAACAAGUUAAGGAUAUUACUGUGCCUGUUCAGGUGUUGCUUGGUCAUACUAAAAAAGUUGGUUUGAUUGAGUACCACCCAUGUGCAGAAGAUGUUUUAGCUUCGAGUUCCUUGGAUUAUACUGUAAAAAUCUGGAAUUUGAAAACGGGCAAAGAUGAAAUCACCUUGCAGCACAAAGAUUUGGUGACUUCGUUUGCAUUCAAUUAUAAUGGAUCCUUAUUGGCCACAACUUCCAGAGACAAGAAACUUAGAAUCUGGGAUAUUAGAAAAGGUGUGAUUAUAUCCGAAGGAGCGGGACACACUGGAGCCAAACCAUCAAGGGUUACCUGGCUUGGAAAUACUGAUAGAGUUGUUACAACUGGGUUCUCAAGAUUAUCGGACCGUCAGAUUGGAAUUUGGGAUAUCCACAAUAUAGAAAAAGGACCUAUCGAUGGUUUUUUGGUCAUUGACUCGUCUUCGGGAGUUUUAAUCCCAUUUUUUGAUAAUGAAACAUCAAUGUUGUAUCUUGCUGGUAGAGGUGAUGGAAACAUCCGUUAUUAUGAGUAUGAAAAUGACAUAUUAUAUGAGUUAUCACAAUAUGCAUCAACAGACCCACAGAGAGGUUUUGCAGUGGCCCCCAAACACUCUGUGAAUGUGAAGGAAAACGAAGUGGUGAAAGCUUUCAAGACCGUCCUGGAUAACUCCAUUGAGCCAAUUAGUUUCAUUGUACCAAGACGUUCAGAAUUGUUUCAACUGGAUAUUUAUCCCGACUGUCCUUCUACUACACCAGCUCUUAGCGCCGAGGAAUGGUUUGGCGGAAAGGUAGUCAAUGGUCCGAUUUUGAUGACAAUGGAAGCCGUAUUUGAAGGUAAAGAGCCAACGUUGAAAGAAAGUAAAGUUUCUUCAACAGUUCCUGCCAAGAAACAAAGUAGUGAAACUGAAAAGGAAAAAGAAACGUCUCCAGCUAAGAAGGCGGAGGAGAAGGAGAAGGAGAAAAAGAAGGAAACAAAAACAGGCUUGGCAAAAGAGCUGAAAGAUGAUGUCGUUAAAACUAAUUCAACAAUCAAACAAAACGUUGACGAUUUGUUGAAGAAUUCCAAUGAAGUGGGAAAUUUGUUGAAUCGUGUUGUAGACCUCUCGGACGAUGAAAACCCCGAUCAAACUCCAUAUGAUAAUGAAGAAGAUUGGGAAGAGGUUGAAAAAGCUGAUUUGAAACUGGGAUCACCACUGAAACAUAAAGAAAGUAAAGAGGAUGAUGAUGAUGAUCUUAAUCUUGAAUUGGAGAAGAAAGAUGAGAGUGCAUCCCCCAAAGAUAAAGAAAAGGAACAAAAGAAAAAGACUUCCGAGGAGACCGAAGCAACGGACAUAACUGAGAGUAAGGAAAAGGGUGAAUCUAUUGCUAAUAAAGAAAGUACAGACAAGAGUACAAGUACAGUUGAAGCUGAAAACUUGAAAAGCUCAACACAAGGAGAAGCAGAGACAUCGACCAAGAUUGAUAGUCCAGUGAGCAAUCCUGACACCCUUACUAAGGAGAACGAGCCAUCGACCAAGAUUGAUAGUCCAGUGAGCAAUCCUGACACCCUUACUAAGGAGAACGAGCCAUCGAAAUCACAGUCGGCCGCUAUUAUAAACGAUGGUCAAAACGGUGUCAAACCAAAACCAACUUUGGUGUCGACUGUGGAAAAAUUGGCAACACUUGUAACUCAACUUGAGACUCAAAUUUCCAUUUUACAAAACUCUGCAUUAGAGAAGAAUGAAAGAUUAAAAGCAUUAGAGAGGAAAAUUGAUAGUCUACUUAAAUAG